UCAGAGCUCUUAUGAUGUAUAUAUGCAGGGACUGAGAUCGGAAAGGGCCUGUGAGACAGUAAUAGAAUAAAACUCUGAUUUGAGGCACAGUAGUUCUCACUUUCCUGCUUUCUUGUGGGAAUGAGUUGCCAACCUUUUACUUCUGCCGAUACCUUUAUACCUCUGAACUCUGAGUCUCCUGCGACUCUGCCUCUGAUAAUGCAUCCCAGCGCUGCCGAGUGCCUGCCGGUCUCCAACCAUGCCACCAAUGUGAUGUCUACAGUCCCGUCUGUUUUGUCUUUGAUCCAAACUCCUAAUUGCUUGUGCACAUAUUUCUGGGUGACAACACUGGGAAACACAGCGACUGGACUUCAUUAUUCUGUCCCUUCCUGUCAUUAUGGAAAUCAGGCAUCAACCUAUGGAGUGAUGGCAGGGAGCUUAGCCCCAUGUCUUUACAAGUUUCCGGACCACAGCUUGAGCCACGGCUUUCCUCCCAUCCACCAGCCUCUCCUGGCAGACGACCCCACCGCUGCCGAUUUCAAGCAGGAACUCAGACGGAAAAGUAAAUUGGUCGAGGAACCAAUCGACAUGGAUUCUCCGGAAAUCCGGGAACUUGAAAAGUUUGCCAAUGAAUUUAAAGUGAGAAGAAUUAAGUUAGGAUAUACCCAGACAAAUGUUGGGGAAGCCUUGGCAGCUGUGCAUGGCUCUGAAUUCAGCCAAACAACUAUCUGCAGGUUUGAAAACCUACAGCUCAGCUUUAAAAAUGCAUGCAAACUAAAAGCAAUAUUAUCCAAAUGGCUGGAGGAAGCAGAGCAAGUCGGAGCUUUAUACAAUGAGAAAGUGGGAGCAAAUGAAAGGAAAAGGAAACGGAGAACAACUAUAAGUAUUGCUGCUAAAGAUGCUCUGGAGAGACACUUCGGAGAGCAGAAUAAACCUUCCUCUCAGGAGAUCAUGCGGAUGGCUGAAGAACUGAAUCUUGAGAAAGAAGUAGUAAGAGUUUGGUUUUGCAACCGAAGGCAGAGAGAAAAGCGGGUGAAAACAAGCCUCAGUCAGAGUUUGUUCACUAUUUCUAAGGAGCAUCUUGAAUGUAGAUAAGACUUCCUACAGUAUAAUGGCCAGGUUUUCUAGUUUUCAUUCCUUUCUCUUUUCCAAAAUAGAAAUGAGUUAUAAGGUUGCCUUCAAAAAUCAUAUCAAUAACUUUUGGAGAAGCUUGCCUUUUGUGCUUUUAAAAAAGUACACAACUUAAUAUUGACAUUUCCCUUGAAAUACUUAUUCUCAGAAGUCGAUUGUACAUUUUAAGCCAAAGAUAUUAAUAGGAAUAAAAUAGUCUCU